AUGAUUUCCCUGCUUUCUAGUUUAGCAAAACAAAAUCUUAGUUUGAUGGUCAAAAACACAAAACCUAUAAGUAGUAGAUGCCUAACAACUACCUUCAUUUUAAAUUCCAAACAGCAACAACUAGACUAUUCACGUUAUCCCAAACUAAAUGAAGAGGAACUAGAAGAACACUUUACACGAGGCAGUGGUCCCGGUGGACAAGCUGUUAAUAAAACCUCGAAUUGUGUGCUUUUACGUCAUAUACCCACAAAUAUUUUAGUUAAAUGUCAUACACAUCGUCUCGCCUCCCGUAAUCGGAUAGAGGCUAGAAAAAUACUUUUAGAGAAACUAGAUGUCCACUACAAUGGUGAACAUUCUAUACAGGCACAACUUAAAGCAUUGGAAAAUAAAAAAUCCAAUGAGCGUAAAAGAAGACAAAAUAAAUUGCAAGAAAUGAAACAAAAAUGGAAAGAACGUGAAGAGCAGGAGUUAAUGAUGGAGGAUACCAAAUAUAAAGAAUAAAUUUUCUUAAAAAAUA